AUGGUCUCUCUGUGGAAUAUUUAUCUUCUCCUCCCCCUUUCCUUGCCUCUCUCACUUCAUGUCAAAGCGUUAACUGGAGAAAAUGUCAAAGAAGCGCAACAACCAGACACUGACACAGCAGUGCAGUUUUCACAUGGACCUCAUGGAUCUGGUAAUCCCAUGAUUGGACCUGAUAAUGCUGACUUCCUGGGUCUACCUUUGCCCUUAUCGUCGUCUGAGGAAGCAGACAAUCAAGGUGUGAUUGGCGAAUACAGUGAUGUACAAGAGGGCACAGAAACCUCUCUGUUGUAUCCAGAUGAGAAGGGACCUAUCAUAUCCCGACCCACAGGGAGUGCCACAGAAGAUACUACUUCCAAGGAGAGAAUACAAGUAACAAGGUCUUUAUCAGUUAGUGUGCUAUUUAACCCUACACAGGAACAAACAGUAGAGUAUCAGUCUGCCGAGAGCAACACUGCAUCUAUGUUGCAGCCUACACAGACCGGAGAGACUCAGCCAACAUUUCCAGCCUUGCAAAAUGAGAUGAAUGAAAGCCAGCUACCGUUUCUUCUGUCUGGCUCACUCCCAUCACACACACCAGAACAGAACUCAACUUCACUGUUGCCUGCUGGACCUGGGCCUGAGCAUCCUACUCCACCACUAGCCACUGACAGCUGGGGAUGGACUACUGGCAUUUCUGUUAGCACACGGGGAGCAGGAGAGACACUGAUUGAUUUUACAGAUCGUAUUUUACACAGAGGAACUGUCAGCACAGAGGCAGACGGAGAUGACUCCAAGAAUGACGACCUGCAUGCCUCCAAGGCCAGUGGCACCGUCUUGCAGGAUGGUAACACGGACACAUCUGCCACACCAUGCAAACCAUCAAAUCAGUCCUGGACUCCCACCUACCCAGAUGACUUGACUCCCAACGAGCCCGUGCACCCCUCCCUGGCUCUCAGCCCUGCCCUUUUGGUGCCCCUGUACUCAGACUGGAACUCUGCACUCGCUACGUGGGGAUUUGCGUGGGAAGCACACAUCUAUGGCCUGGGGUCCAUCUUCGCUGUAUUUGGCCUAAUCUCCGUGGUCUGCCUGUUAGGCCUGCCCCUGCGCUGUCCCCCAGGAAGCGCCUACUUCACACUGCUACACUUGUUCAUUCUGGCAUUUGCAGGGAUCCAAGCUUUCUGUUUGCUCUAUGAUGCUUACAGUUACCAAGAUCGUCUUCCCCCUGUGGUCUCGCUGCUGCUGUCUGAGCUGCCAUUGCCUUGUUUGAUCUCAGCCUUCUCCUUGGCCUUCCUCCUACUUUCCUUGCGCUCACGCAUGCAUCUGUCACUGCCACUUGCUAUUUCUACCUCAUUCUCAGCCUUGCCCAAACCUUGCCUGUUGCUAUGUGUGUCCUUGUUACAAUUUAUAGUCUCGCUAGGAUGUGUUGGCAUUCUCCAGCUCUUCCACAGCCUCCCGACUGUGAUCCUGUUAUUACCUCAGGGUAUGUUUGUAUGUCUCACCGUAUUUCUCUCAUGCUCCUACCUCAUCUUUUACUGCUUAACACAAGUCAACACUAAGCACAUUUAUAGACUGAAUGACAAUGGAGAGAGCGGAGGAUCCCCUGAGUUGACGCGACCUGCAGUGUGCCCUUUUGCCAAAGUAGAGGACUGGGAUAGGGCUGCAGGAGCAGGAGUCGGAACGACCUUAUGCUUGUUAGGAUGUGGAGGCUUUCAGCUUUAUGGAAUCCUACAUGCUUUUGGUUUUGGAGGGGUUGAUGGCUAUGGGUUCCGGCCAUGGCCCUGGUGGGGCUACCAGGUAGGCUGCAGAAUCUGUGAGGUUGGGGUUUGUCUGGGUUUGUCUCUCAUUGGUACACACCCUUUAUUCUGUCAGAGCAACUCCUCAAUCAAGACCCUAACUCAUCCCCGGCCAGGCACUUGGUCCCGUCUAUCUUGCAGCUCCCCUGCACGAGGGCUCACCCUGCCGUCACAGGAGGAUGCAAAUUCUCCUGUCCUCUCUUCUCACAAGUCCUGGUCCCAGGGGAAGCAGGAAAAGCUGGUGGUCUGUGAUGUUGUCAGCAAAGGACAGUCAGAAGCUCUUCCUCUUUGCUCAAUAGCAGAAACUCCUGGAAAUGGACUAAACUGUGUCCACAAGCCCAACCAAACCCACACUGUACUGCCUCUACCUACACCCCCUUGUCCACCCGACAAACCUAAAAACACAGAUGAGACUCAGCUGUCUUCACUGGAUAGUUUAGGUAUAGAGACUGACUCUACUGUGGAUCUGCGCCCUCCAUCCCCAAUAGACUUGUCCCGCAGUAUCGACCAAGCUCUGUACAGUGAAUCCCUAUUCUCUCAUAGUAUUUUUGGUUUGCCAAGGCUGUUCCAUACUUCAUCAAGCCUUUCCCUGAGCUCUCCUAGUCAAAGCACAUCAAAGGAGGGGCCCAGCUCUGUGGGAAAUAGCUUUUACCGAACCUCUUCCUGUGGCGACGUGGAUCAAGAGAAUACCCUUUCCAGCUCCAGACCCUCCCAGCCACAUGGCUGUUUGACAUCUCAUAGCAAUGCACCAAUAUCACCAGAGCAAUGGGAUUGGAAGGGCAGCGUUACUGGCUCAACCCAGGGUCUGUGCAGCCACCCCAAAGAAACAGGAAAGCUGCGCUCACAUUCCUGGGCCAACAGAGGGCAAAACUUUACCCAGAGCAGCCUCCCACGAGCAAUCCCCCACCUGUCUUACCACAGGCGUUACCGAACCCUGAGCUUAGCCUCCCAGGACAGCCAAGGGUCUGGCCGAUUGGCAGGGACUAAACACCUGAGUGAAAGCAAACAGCUGGAAUGGGAUCUGGCGGUACAAGCAGAGUUUGUCAAUGUGUGCAGACAAAUUGAUGCUCUGAGUGUUUGCAGUGACACUAUCGAAUUGUAG